CGGGCAGAGGCCCUUGGCAAGCUGGGCCUAUGUUUUGGCAUUGGCAUGGUUGCCGGCUCCACCUUGGGCGGUACACUCAGCACACGCUAUGGGGAGACAUUUGCUGCUUGUGUAGCUGCUGGAGGGAGCUUCAUCAGCUUCCUGUUGGUUUGGACGUUUAUCCCUAAACACACUAAGAUACAAGCUCCACAGGACAACACAGACAAGAAGAGCAAUGCCAAGUCAGUCUUUGACCUGGGUGAGAUCACCAGACUGAUGAAGUACCCUGGUGUGGCCAAAACCUUCAUGGUCAAGAUCAUCUCAGGUCUGCCAUCAGGUAUCUUUCAGGUCAUGUUCUCUGUUAUCGCCAUGAACUUCUUCCAGCUGGCGCCAGAGCAGAAUGGCUACCUUAUGGCCUACUUUGGGAUCGUGUCAAUGGUAUGGAGCAGGGAUGCUCACGACAUAUACUGUUAGUCAUUUAGCAGAGAC